GGUCUCGUUGCUGGGGGCCUGAGACUCACGCUCUGGGACCGCCGCGCGCCAAAGCGGGAAUCUGGGAGGCGGGCAAGUCUGCAAUUAAUGCACGCAUUUAAAAUCCCAGAAUCAGUGGACGUCAUGCACCGGAAACACCUCCAGGAGAUUCCUGACCAGACUAGCAACGUUACCACGAGCUUCACUUGGGGAUGGGAUUCUAGCAAGACUUCUGAACUGCUGUCAGGCAUGGGGGUCUCCGCCCUAGAGAAGGAAGAGGUGGACAGUGAGAACAUUCCCCAUGAGCUGCUUUCAAACCUGGGCUCAAACCCACAGAGCCCCCCACGAAAACGGCUGAAGAGCAAAGGGAAUGACAAAGACUUCGUGAUCAUUCGCAGACCCAAGUUAAAUCGAGAGAGCGUCCCAGGUGUUUCGUGGGACUCCCUUCCAGAUGAGCUUCUCCUGGGCAUCUUCUCCUGUCUCUGCCUCCCUGACCUCCUCAAAGUCUCCAGCAUUUGUAAGAGGUGGUAUCACCUAGCGUUUGACGAGUCCCUCUGGCAGACCUUAGACCUCACGGGGAAAAAUCUGCACCCAGAUGUGAUUGGGCGGCUGCUGUCUCGAGGGGUGGUCGCCUUCUGCUGCCCGCGAUCGUUUGUGGACCAACAGCCAUUAGUUGAACAUUUCAGCUCCUUCCGUGUGCAGCACAUGGACCUGUCGAACUCGGUCAUCGAUGUGGGGACCCUCCACAGCCUGCUGUCCCCGUGCUCCAAGCUGCAGAAUCUGAGCCUGGAAGGCCUACAGCUUUCAGAUCCCAUUGUCAAUAAUCUUGCACAGAACUCAGAUUUGGUGCGACUAAACCUUUCCGGGUGUUCUGGAUUCUCUGACUCUGCCCUGAAGACUUUGCUGAGUAGCUGUUCCAGAUUGGCAGAGCUGAACCUCUCCUGGUGCUCUGACUUCACUGAAAAGCACGUGCAAGUGGCCGUCGCGCACGUGUCGGAGACAGUCACCCAGCUGAAUCUCAGUGGCUACCGAAAGAACUUCCAGAGAGCAGAUCUCUCUACCUUAAUUAGAAGAUGCCCCAGUCUUGUCCACCUAGACUUAAGUGACAGCGUCAUGCUGAACCACGACUGCUUUCCAGAGUUUCACCAGCUCGCCUACCUCCAACACCUGUCGCUCAGUCGCUGCUAUGAUAUCAUACCUGAAACUUUACUUGAACUUGGAGAAAUCCCCACACUGAAAACACUACAAGUGUUUGGAAUCGUGCCAGACGCUACCCUUCCGCUGUUAAAAGAAGCCCUUCCUCACAUCCAGAUUAACGGUUCCCAUUUUACCACCAUUGCCAGGCCUACCGUUGGCACCAAAAGCCACCCGGAGAUAUGGGGCAUCCGGUGCCGACUGACGCUGCAGAAGCCCAGUUGUCUGUGA